UCUGUGUCUUCCAGCUUCCUCUAUGCGUCCUUACUGCUUUUUCGUCUCUUCCUCUCAGUUUUCCCAGACCUCGUGGGUGGUUUCCCCGUCGGCCUCCACGUGACCGUCGUCGUCUUCUGUGGCACCGUGAUACUCUUCUCCUCUGUGGCGACUGGCUUCUUCUUCUUCAACGCCUUCGGCCACCCCUACGAGACGCUGCAAGGCCCCAUGGGACUUUACUUGUGGAGCUUCAUCUGCUGCGUAUGUAGCUGUCUGGUGAUGAUCCUGUUUUCAUCCGAGGUGAAGCUCCAUCGUCUCUCAGAGAGCAUUGCCAAUUUCAACGAGGUCAACUUCAUGUUCCAGACACACACAGAGCGCUAUGACCGCUGCUUCUGGCUCUUCCUCAUCAUCUUCCUCCUCCAAGCACUCAACAUCCUGCUGAUCCGUCUGACAGGUAUUCACUUCCCCUUCAGGGAGAACAAGGAGGCAGAGCUUAGUGGGGGUGCCAUCGACCUCUUGUACUGAAGUGGAUCAGUGGAACCAUGAAACUUGUUGCCACAGCAACGAGGUUGGCCCUAAAUUGCCCAGAGCCCUGACCCCACAACUGUGAGGCCCAAAUCUCUGAUUCAUAACCCCAGAGCACAACCCCCCCCCAAUCCCCUGACCUCCAGACACCUGGAACUCUGAACUAGAACGAAGAAGUGAACCCACACCAAACUUUUUUUUUUCUUAAAUGUUACCAAUUAUUAUGUACAUUAUGGAUGAAAUAAAUCACUCAGUUUCAACUUUGA